UUGAUGAACACCUGAACUAACAAUCUUUCUCUCUGUUUUCAUGCAUUCAUGGAUUGCUUUGUGAUUUUAAAACACAUAUAAUCCUUUAGGAACGAUGACAAGACGAAGUGCAAAAGCAAGAAAAGUUCAUAAAGGAGAUAAAAUCGAGGAAAGCUUCUGUUUGGUGAAGAUGGAGUUACGGUGGAACGAGAGCGCGUGUGCAAAAUGGAUUUCUUAACGUGGCAUGGUGAUCAGUCUUCGAUAGCCUAGUGCGCAGAAGCGAAAAAAGGGUUAAAUGUUUCGAGAAGGUUGUGGUUAAUGUGAUAAAACAAAAACGGGUAAAUACUUCCGUCUGUGGGACGUCGGUGCACAUACUGCACUAAUGGUGAUAUUAUUGUUUUCCUUGUCGUUGUUGAAUUCAAUGAUGACGACCUUCCGACGACGCUGCCGGUCGUGGAGUCGUCGCCGUGGCUUAGUGUUCCUCUUGGUCGUGGUGCUAGGGAUGCUCGUGGCGGCGAGGAUAAUGGCUUCCAGUAGAAUGGCCGAAGAGGAACUCGCCCCGUGCGCAGUGCCAGCCGAGCAAAGAAAGAAGUUAUUCCCUUUGUUAUCGUCUGUGUCGAGUCUCCUGACCCGCUUGUCCAUCACGCACUUCCUCUGCUUUGAAUCCCUCUGGGGAGCCGUGCAGGAGUCGGGGCCCCUGCCCUGGGAUGCUAACGCUCACCUGUGCGCCCUCAACGAGAAGGUAGCCAAGCACAACGAAGCCGAGUUGCUACGUGCCUUCCGACGCCGAGGCCUCACGCUGGAGUACAGCUCAGCGGAGGGCCAGUACACCAUCAGAAACGCCUCGGAGGUGAGCGACAAGUGGGUUCCGCCGACGGUUCGAGUCGUGCUGUUCGAAGAAGACGACCGCGUCCACAUGCUGCGGCGUGUCGGCUGGCGUAGGCGCGUGCUGCCCCCGGACUGCGACGCCCACCCCGUCCUCCAGUGCUUCCCGCCCCAGCUGGCACUUGACCCGCUUCCCUCAAGGCCGUUCGGGCCACUCUCGCUUCCGGCACCUCGGGAAGACAUCGAUCUCCUCAAGUUCCAUUAUCCGGAGACGUGGUGGCGGCCGCUACAGCCCAAGUGUUAGGAACGCGCUGGGGUGUCAAGGUAUCGUUCCUCUCCCAGGGCGUCCGAAUCAAGAUUUGUAACUUUAGCGAUGGCAAGGCAAGGUACUUUGUCAUUUGAGUCAGUAUUAAAUGCAGAGUUAUUUUUUUGGAGGAAGAUAUUAGUUCCCGUUCCACGUCCCACAAACUUCAAAAUAAAUGCAGCAUUGCUUAUAAUAGGUACCUAUAUAUUUUCGGAGUAUAUAGAGCAGUGACAACCAGUUUUUAAGAAAUAAAAUGAGAUGCAUAUAUAAUUCCAGCUUUGAUAUACAAUGGAAGAAGCUAUCGAAUGCUUGGAUUGCAGCAUGCAAUGUAGACUUUUUAAACGUUUGCUCAAAUAAAAUAUAUACUGUCUGCAGUCCAAUUUGCAAUUGAUUGUGAGCAUUGCUUCCGAAUUGAUCGACGUUGGAGCAAUUGCAAGAUAUAGCAAUGAAGGUAAUGAUCUUAUAUCAGAGAAUGAUUGUAUUUCUUUCAUCCUUUCCUUUUAACGUUUUCCUAUUUUUUCUCUUUUUCUCUUCCCUCCCUCACUUCCAUUCCGGUGCGUUCGUUUCCUCGGUUCUCUCACCUUUCCACAAAUUUACAUAUUCCAUCUCUUCCUCUCCCUGCUUUCCCACCUUGUUCCUUUUUCUCAGUCAUUCCUCUUCCUCUUCUAGACUUCUUCGUACAUGGUGACCUACGGCUGGUUUGUUAAAAUUAGCCCAAUAAUAUUGAUAUAUAUGGAUACGUUUAUACAGAAAAAUGGGCCUAUCCAUCUACCCGUCUGAUGGAUAUGCAAUUAUCUAGCUACUUAUCUGAUAAAUAUACACAUAUAGAGUGAUAAACACGGACUUAUUUAUGUGUAUAAGCAUGUCCAUACGUAUAAAUAUUCAUGAGAUCGGACCUCUUGCAGUUAUGAUAAACUGUGGCCAGUCUGGGUUAUUGUACUUAUAUUCUUUUAUGUGUAAUUAACCAUUGGUUGAUGUAUCGAUU